AUGGCGGCGAAAUGGAUUACCCCAAACAGGGGAGUAAUUCCAUUCAAAUCGUUUUGGACGCAGCUGGGGUUAACACAUCCCAGCAAUGCUGAUAAUCGAGAUACUGUGAUCAGAGUUAUGGAGGAAAUCGAGGAAGCAGAAGGAUACGUUGAGCACAAAAGCCUACCCAAUCAAGACGCAUUUAGAAAUGCGAUUAUGGCUCGAAAAGGUGAUUUACCUGGUGCUUUAUUAGGUAGAAUGACGUAUGAUAGCAAACCUAUGAGAGACCUACUCAGACUUUGGACCCAAUAUCACAGAGUACGAAAAAUUGCGCUAGAAGGACAGUUUGACCUGGAAAGGCAAGAUAUGGCAGAUAUAAAACAAACACCGGAAUGGACAUUGCUGAGGCAGAUGAUUCUAUUGAGUCCCGCACAGAAAGCAGAAAAGAAAGCAGAACUAGAAGCGGCAGCAGCAGGAAGAGCAGCGGCAGGAGGAGCAGCGGUACCAGGAUCAGCACCGGCACCAGGAUCAGCACCAGCACCGGCACCUGGUCCGGCUCCCUUAGUUGCGCCCGGAGACGGGGGGAAGUUUAGCCAUAACAGUGAGAAUGUGCUUUUUAAUGCACCUGUGGUGGUUGCAGUUAUGUGGGAGAACCCUCUAUAUCUCGCGCUGAGUCUAAGCGACUUUCUGCCUCGCCCAGUACCGGACCAUGGAGCGCCCGCCGGUGCAGUAUAUGCUCCAGCUCCAGAGGUGGAUGCAGCAUACAAGAGCUUUGAUGAGAUGUGGCUCAAUAGCGAAGGGCUCCAACUCGAUUGGAUGAGACAAUUUUGCAUUGAUCAAGGAUAUUUGACUUCAGAAGGAAGUAUAUGGUGGAGCCAUGUACCUGUGCAUACACUUGAUAUGGGGGUCGAGGAUCAUAAAGUCCCUAUUGAAAACAAUGCCGAUUUCCCUAUUGUUGUCCGCCAUAGCUAUGACACACACUACCCAUGGUUUUUUGGUCCUCGAAAUGAUCAGCGGGGUGUGAUACCAGGCAUCCGGCCUAACUUCACUAUGAUCAUCAGGCCAAAUGACCGCGGUGAGCAUACCUAA